UCCUUUAAAGUAUCUACAGGACUAUAGGGGUUGUACCGUAGAUCAAUACACUUACACAUUCGCUAUUCAAUCCAACGACAUGAAUGUUCUAGAGAAUUCCUUCAACCAUGUCAGUUAACCAGCUAAGUCCACUGAAAUCGGCCGGUUGACAAAGCGGAAGCUAUAUGUUUGUAAGCCACGGAACACGUAGUGUAUUAGAUAGUCGUCGAUGUACUGGAAGGUAUAUAUAUAUAUAUAUGUAUGUAUACACAUAAAACACACAUCAAAACACACCGUUCAGUCAGCUGUUUGGUAAUAUGUGCACACAGUUCAUACCCGCCCUAGCGAUAUGAAGCUUUACAUCAGGUGCAGAGUACUAUGUGCUGUGUGGUGUGCCAUAGAGAUUCUCUUCUUUGGAGGAAUUAUAUACGGCUGGGGAUCACUGGUAUUUGUCUUAAAAGAGGAAGGUUUUUAUUACGAGGCAUGUUUAAGUGUCAUAACACCUGCUGAACUGUCAUACAACACUACAAAUACUUCUGUAGAGAACGUCCAACAGGACGGACUUUUGACACUUGGUACCCAUGAUGACCCUUCAGAUCCUCCAAGACAAUGGGAAAGUGACCACGAUAAGGUCACAGACACAGUUCCCACUUGUCCCCAACAGGAAUCCAAGUUGAACCUUUGGUUUUCAGUGGCAGUCGCAUUCAUGUAUCUGUCAAUGGCGUUUUUGGGGGAGCUGACCACCCGGUUAGGAACACAGGUCACUAGACACAUAUUCACGUUUAUGUUUGUGUUCGGGGCGUUGUGCGUGGCAUUCGCGACUAAAGACGUUCCGUGGUUACUGUGUCCAGGGCUAUGUAGUAUUGCUGUCUCAGGAUUGGUCAUAUUUGCGACGAACAUACAGGUGGCAAACUUGUUCCCGCGCCUUCAGUCCACUGUGGUGGCGCUGUACUGUGGCCUGUUUGACUCCUCGUCUGUCGUACAACAACUGAUGAAGAUUGCGAAUGAGAAUGGAAUGUCCCGCCGGAUAUUUUAUGUGUGUCUGGCUGGCCUCGCUCUCAUCAUGCUCAGCAUCAGUACCAUCCUCUUCCUUCCAAAGUCCUACAUCACUAAACAGAAGAUCCGCCGGAAGUCAUGCGAACUCGAGACCAAGAGCGGCCGGCUUUUAGCGGAGUUAAAAGGUCUGAAGGGCCAGAGGGAGACGGAUGAGACGUCUAUACGCGCGUGCAUACUGUCAGUUACCUACAUCCUGCACGUGGCCUGGAUGAGCAUCAAUACUGUCACAUUUGUUACUUUUAUCGGCCUGAUCAACGUCAAUCUUGAACAAUUGUCGGAUCAAAAACAAGUCGUUAGUAAGUACCUGGGUGUGUUUGCCUACACCACCAUGUGUACUGUAGUGGCAGGACUUCUGGCGGGCAUCAGCUACGAUUGUCAACGAAAACGAUAUUAUGACUAUCCGUGGCCAGCCCGAGUGUGGAGACCCGUCCUGUUACCUAUGACGAUGACUGGUAUUCUAGGAUCUAUGGUUUAUGUAUUACUAUUGGUGGAACAUCUCAGCGUGAUCGUGCCCACAUUCAUCCUCUUCACGCUCUAUCGUUCCUUCCUCUACUCUAUUGGGGUAGCGUUCGUCAACGACGCGUUUCCGGAACAGCACUUCGGCGCCCUGUACGGUAUAAUGACCUUCUCCACCGGAUUGUUUAGUAUGGUACAGUAUGGCUUCUUCUCCUGGUUCGAUGCGUACGAGAACGCAAAUGUGCACGUGACGAUCUGUCUCCUGUUCCUCUGUCUCACUACCUUUAUACAUCCGCUACAGUUAGGUAUACGAAGUCGGCAGAAAAACACCGAAGAUCCGAAAGCAGAAGAGGCCUUUAUACCACCGGAAAUUCUUAAGUCUGAAAAGACAUGAAUGUUGUGUAGUUGUCACUCUAGAUGUAUCAUAUUUUCAGUAUAGAAAUGUGUCUAAACACAACGAAAGGUGUCUUACACUAAGACGCAAAAAAUGUGUUUUAAAAUUUAGACACAAAACAAAUCAUAAUGUGUUUUGAAACAGAGAAAACAACGGAAUGUAUUGAAACACAGACAAAACGCUGGAAUGUGUCUUAAAACUCGGACAAACAAUGGUUUGUGUCUUACAAACAGACACCAACAACGGGCUGUAUUGAAACACUGACAAAACGCUGGAAUGUGUCUUAAAACUCGGACAAACAAUGGUAUGUGUCUUACAAACAGACACCAACAACGAGAUGUAUUGAAACACUGACAAAACGCUGGAAUGUGUCUUAAAACUCGGACAAACAAUGGUUUGUGUCUUACAAACAGACACCAACAACGGGCUGUAUUGAAACACUGACAAAACGCUGGAAUGUGUCUUAAAACUCGGACAAACAAUGGUAUGUGUCUUACAAAAAGACACUAACAACGGAAUAUGAAUUGAAAUUCAGACACGUAAAACAGAAAGUAUUUUUAAAACAAAGACAAACAACGGAAUGUGUCUUACAAAAUGACACCAACAACGGAAUGUGAAUUGAAAUUCAUGCACGUCACGGACAUUUUUUUUUGUAAACAUGGACAAAAACCGGAAUGUGUCUUAAACGCAGAGAAUGAAAUGUGUUUAAUUUGUAACACAGACGUUAAAGAAAUUGUAUUUAAACUCAGACGUAACCUAUAUUGUGUCUUGGAACUUUCGCAUAACUCCACAAUGGCAACAGGCAUGAGUUAUGGGGAUAUUGUAUAAUUGUUAAAGCGCGUAUGGUUUUGCUCCUUUUCAAUGUAAAGGUGAAAUAUUGGAGAAAGUGUUGUAAUGUAGUAGACGUGACUGCCAAAAUAAUAUCAACACAAUAUAGAUAAUAUAGAAAACAUGUAAAUAUUGGGCAGUGUGUACCGGUUCCAAAUCUACCAUUUCAGAGAAAAAAAAAGAAAAAAACAACAAGUGCUUCGACGUUUAAACUCGGAGACGAAAUAGCAACUCGCUGUAGAUAAAGACAGUCUAAGGCUACAUAAGUUGAUAUCAGAACAGGACUGUAAUAAUCAACACCGUGUCAAACAUCGCAGACGGUGUAAUAUCAGGUAAUUAGAAGUCAGCACUAUAACUUUAGAUAAUUUGAAGUUAGUACUAUAACUUUAGAUAAUUGAGAGUCAGCACUAUAACUUUAGAUAAUUGAGAGUCAGCACUAUAACUUUAGAUAAUUGAGAGUCAGCACUAUCACUUUAGAUAAUUGAGAGUCAGCACUAUAACUUUAGAUAAUUGAGAGUCAGCACUAUCACUUUAGAUAAUUGAGAGUCAGCACUAUAACUUUAGAUAAUUGAUAGUCAGCACUAUAAUUUUAGAUAAUUGAGAGUCAGCACUAUAACUUUAGAUAAUUGAGAGUCAGCACUAUAACUUUAGAUAAUUGAGAGUCAGCACUAUAACUUUAGAUAAUUGGGAGUCAGCACUAUAACUUUAGAUAAUUGAGAGUCAGCGCUAUAACUUUAGAUAAUUGAGAGUCAGCACUAUAACUUUAGAUAAUUGAGAGUCAGCACUAUAACUUUAGAUAAUUGAGAGUCAGCACUAUAACUUAGAUAAUUGAGAGUCAGCACUAUAACGUUAGAUAAUUGAGAGUCAGCACUAUAACUUUAGAUAAUUGAGAGUCAGCACUAUAACUUUAGAUAAUUGAGAGUCAGAACUAUAACUUAGAUAAUUGAGAGUCAGCACUAUAACUUUAGAUAAUUGGGAGUCAGCACUAUAACUUUAGAUAAUUGAGAGUCAGCGCUAUAACUUUAGAUAAUUGAGAGUCUGCACUAUAACUUUAGAUAAUUGAGAGUCAGCACUAUAACGUUAGAUAAUUGAUAGUCAGCACUAUAACUUAGAUAAUUGAGAGUCAGAACUAUAACUUUAGAUAAUUGGGAGUCAGCACUAUAACUUUAGAUAAUUGAGAGUCAGCACUAUAACUUUAGAUAAUUGGGAGUCAGCACUAUAACUUAGAUAAUUGAGAGUCAGCACUAUAACUUUAGAUAAUUGAGAGUCAGCACUAUAACUUUAGAUAAUUGAGAGUCAGCACUAUAACUUUAGAUAAUUGAUAGUCAGCACUAUAACUUUAGAUAAUUGAUAGUCAGCACUAUAACUUUAGAUAAUUUGAAGUUAGUACUAUAACUUUAGAUAAUUGAGAGUCAGCACUAUAACUUUAGAUAAUUGAGAGUCAGCACUAUAACUUUAGAUAAUUGAGAGUCAGCACUAUAACUUUAGAUAAUUGAGAGUCAGCACUAUCACUUUAGCAGUGAUUUUAUUUUUGUUGACACCAGCUACAAUACCAGUGGUAUUUUAAGUGGAGCAUGUGACAUUCAGAGUAUGAGAGAAUAUUUUUAUAAUUACCUGUUAUCCCUUGUGUUCAGUCAAUGUUCUGUAGGUUACUAUUUGAUCGGUUUCGUUAGAUGUGGGCUAUGUCUGUGAGUAUUGGAUUAUGUCUGUGAGUAUUGGAUUAUGUCUGUGAGUAUUAGACUAUGUAUGUGAGUAUUAGACUGUGUCUGUGAGUAUUAGUACAACUGAUGUAGCCAUCGUGGUAUGUGGAUAGGAAUAUUACUAGCUACUGGGCAGUCUGGAUGCUUGAUACGGACUUUAUCACAGGUCGUCUGUUAGUAUCAAGUUCUCCAUCGGUGAAAUUGAAAAAUCAAAUUGCGGCUAAAAGAUGUUUCUAUUCAUGUUGAUCUAAAUAUAACCUGUUAAGUAUAAAGGUCUAUUGAAUGGUGUAAAAUCACUUCUGUACAUCUCGGUUUAUUAGGAAACAUUUUCUUUUGUAUAUGAAUACUACAGUUAAAAAUAACCCAUGUUAGAUAUUGGGUAAUGCAAUUCUAUAAACAGCCGAUUAGGCUUUAUUUUCUUUCUGCUUGAAAGUGAUUUCAAGUAGGUUUAAAACUGACACAUCUAUUAAUACCUGGAAGUACAAACAUGGAGGUUUGGUAAAACAUAUCGUACACUAGUGGACACACUUGUGGAUCGUGGGGUUUAUAUUCAGGUCAACGGAGUCUUUCCUUUCGGUUUUCAAUGUUUGAUGGAAUCAUACUGGUGUUGAGUUGCUAAUUACAUAUUACGACUUCAAUUUCGUAUGGUAUUAACAUGUUAAAAGAAAAACAUUCCUCCACUCUGUAACUGUCAGCAGCAUGUUUAUCUCUUUACUGUUUAUAACAUCACACGAUGACAAACUACAGUGUCAACACACAAGGACUUCAGUAACAUUACACAUUGAUAACUACAGUGUCAACACACAAUGACAAAAUCUACCACAGCGUCAACACACAACAAAAUAUACCACAGCGUCAACACACAAUGACAAAAUAUACCACAGCGUCAAUACUCAAGUACCAAAACACAUUAAAAAUCAACAAACAAAUAAAGGUAUAGCAAAGUCUAUAUAUCUUGCAGCAAACAAACAGAAAAAAAAACCUGCGUCAACAGACAGCACAGAUAUACCAGUGUCAAUACACAAAGACAAAAUGAACGACAAUUUCGAUACACACAGAAAACAUAUUACAAUGUCAACAUACACGGGCAAAGCAUACCGCGAUAUCAUAAUAGUUGCCACGUGAGUUUUUUUUACAUCGUUGAUGUCCAUGUUGUGUUUCCUGUUUUGAUAUCUUCAGGGUUUUUUGUUUACAUUUGAGCAUGUAUCUGGUUGUUGACUUGUUUACACUGUCUUGUUACUUGUAACGAAUAAUGCUGAUGAUUAUAGUGUUACUACUGUACAGUUAUAUAAUUAUUAUGGUUUAGACGUAUAUGUAUCAGGAGUAUACCUGACUACACUUGACAUACUCGAUACUGCUCAGCUUCCUCAUAUUGGUAAAAUGUUAUAUAUGUACAUGUACGGCCAGUUAUACUAAUUGGUCAGUGUAUUGUUAGGUAUGAAGAUUCAUAUCAUAUAGAACAUGUUAUAUUGGUAAAUAGAAAUAUAGAUAUUAUAUAGAACAUGUAAUAUUGGUAAAUAGAAAUAUAGAUAUUAGUAUAUAUACUGCUGGUAAAUUGAAAUAUAGAUAUUAUAUAGAACGUGUACAUCAGUGGCUAGAAUUAUAUAAUGUACAUGCAUAUACGAUUGAUAAUUUAAAAUGGCACAUGUGUUAUAUUGUACACGUGUUAUAUUAUACAUGUGCCAUAUUGUGCAUGUGUUACAGGUAUAUAAUCUUAAAGAAACCAUUCGGUUAGAUAUGCAGAUAUUUUAUACUGAGAGGUGUGGACAUUGUACGUUAAAUGUUAAGUGUGACAAUUCGGUUAGAGAUGUAGAUAUUUUAUACUGAGACGUGUGGACAUUGUACGUUAAACGUUAAGUGUGACCGAUCGGUUAGAGAUGUAGAUAUUUAAUACUGAGACGUGUGGACAUUGUACGUUAAAUGUUAAGUGUGACCAGUCGGUUAGAGAUGUAGAUAUUUUAUACUGAGACGUGUGGACAUUGUACGUUAAACGUUAAGUGUGACCGAUCGGUUAGAGAUGUAGAUAUUUAAUACUGAGACGUGUGGACAUUGUACGUUAAACGUUAAGUGUGACCAGUCGGUUAGAGAUGUAGAUAUUUUAUACUGAGACGUGUGGACAUUGUACGUUAAAUGUUAAGUGUGACCAGUCGGUUAGAGAUGUAGAUAUUUUAUACUGAGACGUGUGGACAUUGUACGUUAAAUGUUAAGUGUGACCAGUCGGUUAGAGAUGUAGAUAUUUAAUACUGAGACGUGUGGACAUUGUACGUUAAAUGUUAAGUGUGACCAGUCGGUUAGAGAUGUAGAUAUUUUAUACUGAGACGUGUGGACAUUGUACGUUAAAUGUUAAGUGUGACCAGUCGGUUAGAGAUGUAGAUAUUUUAUACUGAGACGUGUGGACAUUGUACGUUAAACGUUAAGUGUGACCAGUCGGUUAGAGAUGUAGAUAUUUUAUACUGAGACGUGUGGACAUUGUACGUUAAAUGUUAAGUGUGACCAGUCGGUUAGAGAUGUAGAUAUUUUAUACUGAGACGUGUGGACAUUGUACGUUAAAUGUUAAGUGUGACCAGUCGGUUAGAGAUGUAGAUAUUUUAUACUGAGACGUGUGGACAUUGUACGUUAAACGUUAAGUGUGACCAGUCGGUUAGAGAUGUAGAUAUUUUAUACUGAGACGUGUGGACAUUGUACGUUAAACGUUAAGUGUGACCAGUCGGUUAGAGAUGUAGAUAUUUUAUACUAAGACGUGUGGACAUUGUACGUUAAAUGUUAAGUGUGACCAGUCAACGUUAAAUGUUAAGUGUGAUCAGUCGGUUAGAGAUAUAGAUAUUUUAUACUGAGACGUGUGGACAUUGUACGUUAAACGUUAAGUGUGACCAGUCGGUUAGAGAUGUAGAUAUUUUAUACUGAGACGUGUGGACAUUGUACGUUAAAUGUUAAGUGUGACCAGUCGACGUUAAAUGUUAAGUGUGACCAGUCGACGUUAAGUGUUAAGUGUGAUCAGUCGGUUAGAGAUGUAGAUAUUUAAUACUGAGACGUGUGUACAUUGUACGUUAAAUGUUAAGUGUGACCAGUCGACGUUAAAUGUUAAGUGUGACCAGUCGACGUUAAGUGUUAAGUGUGAUCAGUCGGUUAGAGAUGUAGAUAUUUAAUACUGAGACGUGUGUACAUUGUACGUUAAAUGUUAAGUGUGACCAGUCGACGUUAAAUGUUAAGUGUGACCAGUCGACGUUAAGUGUUAAGUGUGAUCAGUCGGUUAGAGAUGUAGAUAUUUAAUACUGAGACGUGUGGACAUUGUACGUUAAAUGUUAAGUGUGACCAGUCGACGUUAAAUGUUAAGUGUGAUCAGUCGGUUAGAGAUGUAGAUAUUUUAUACUGAGACGUGUGGACAUUGUACGUUUAAUGUUAAGUGUGACCAGUCGACGUUAAAUGUUAAGUGUGAUCAGUCGGUUAGAGAUGUAGAUAUUUUAUACUGAGACGUGUGGACAUUGUACGUUAAAUGUUAAGUGUGACCAGUCGACGUUAAAUGUUAAGUGUGACCAGUCGGUUAGAGAUGUAGAUAUUUUAUACUGAGACGUGUGGACAUUGUACGUUAAAUGUUAAGUGUGACCAGUCGACGUUAAGUGUUAAGUGUGAUCAGUCGGUUAGAGAUGUAGAUAUUUAAUACUGAGACGUGUGGACAUUGUACGUUAAAUGUUAAGUGUGACCAGUCGACGUUAAAUGUUAAGUGUGAUCAGUCGGUUAGAGAUGUAGAUAUUUUAUACUGAGACGUGUGGACAUUGUACGUUAAAUGUUAAGUGUGACCAGUCGACGUUAAAUGUUAAGUGUGACCAGUCGGUUAGAGAUGUAGAUAUUUUAUACUGAGACGUGUGGACAUUGUACGUUAAAUGUUAAGUGUGACCAGUCGACGUUAAGUGUUAAGUGUGAUCAGUCGGUUAGAGAUGUAGAUAUUUAAUACUGAGACGUGUGGACAUUGUACGUUAAAUGUUAAGUGUGACCAGUCGACGUUAAAUGUUAAGUGUGACCAGUCGGUUAGAUAUGUAGAUAUUUUAUACUGAGACGUGUGGACAUUGUACGUUAAACGUUAAGUGUGACCAGUCGGUUAGAGAUGUAGAUAUUUUAUACUGAGACGUGUGGACAUUGUACGUUAAAUGUUAAGUGUGACCAGUCGGUUAGAGAUGUAGAUAUUUUAUACUGAGACGUGUGGACAGUGUACGUUAAAUUUUAAAUGUGACAAAUUGGUUAUAGAUGUAGAUGUUUUAUACGUGUAUAAUGUAGAAGUUAAUCACUUAGAGUAUUGAAACUAUGAAGAUGAAUACAUGUAUAUGACACGGUUAUUAGAUGAUUAUAUGAAUACUAUUUGAGACAUUAUUUCGAUACAUACAGAUAUUAUUAUGCACAAGAACAAUGAAAAUAUACUUUACGACUAUCUUUGAAGAGAAAGAACGAGAGAAGGAGAGAGAAUGUGAAUACUCAUGUUGAUCAUCAGGUUAUGCGGUCGUACAUGUAUAUAUAAAUUGUGUCUUUAACACCGCUGUGUACCUUGUUUAUCAUUACACUGUGUGUUAUAUUGCUAUGAACACACCUAUUUAAUUGCUGUUUCGAUACCUACAUUUUUAUGCACACAAUUUAAUAUAUUCGAAAACCUACGAAGCAACAAAAGGUUGUUUGACAAGCUUAUGGCAGAUUUAUGAGUUUGAGAGAUUUGUAUAUUUUUAUUUGAAAAUAACAAAUUUAUGAACUGUUAAUUGUUAUAAGACAUGUUUAUUAUAUAUAUACAAUUUACAACGUUUUCCUUAUUUUUAUAUAUACGAAUCAUAUAUAUUGAUAAUCGCCAAUUCAGUUUAACUUGUGGGUAAUAUUUCCGCUAUAUUGUUAAUGCAUUCUUUGAAAUAAAUAUUUCACAUCCGGAG